UCCCUCUGGCCCCCUCCCGCUCCCCUUCUACGUCACGCGAUGACGUCGGAGGCCGGGGAGGGAGGAGGGGUGCCCCCCCCCGCCAGCGGCUCCCGCUGCAGCUUGCUUAGCCCAGCCUCCCGCUUUCCCGCCCCCCCUUUCCCUGAAGCGAGCCCCCCCACGCGUGGCAGGAGCUAUAUAAGGCGGGAGGAGGCAGGCGAAGGGGGCAGCGCAGCCAAGCGGAGCCCGGGAGAGGAGAGCGGAGCAGAGAGAGAGCGCCCGAGCGAGCGAGAGAGAGCCUGGGAAGCGAGCGGGAGGAAGCCGCCGGCCGUCGGGACGGGACCGCAGGUGUUCGGAGCCGGAGCCGGAGCCGGAGCCGGAGCCCGAGCGCCUCAGCCGCCAGCCAUGUACCGCUCCACCAAGGGCGCCUCCAAGGCGCGCCGCGACCAGAUCAACGCCGAGAUCCGGAACCUCAAGGAGCUGCUGCCGCUGGCCGAGGCGGACAAGGUCCGGCUGUCCUACCUGCACAUUAUGAGCCUUGCCUGCAUCUACACCCGCAAGGGCGUCUUCUUCGCUGGAGGCACUCCCCUGACAGGCCCCACCGGGCUCCUCUCAGCCCAAGAGCUUGAAGACAUCGUGGCGGCGCUCCCUGGGUUUCUGCUCGUGUUCACGGCCGAAGGGAAGCUGCUCUACCUGUCCGAGAGUGUGAGCGAACACCUGGGCCACAGCAUGGUGGACCUGGUUGCGCAGGGUGACAGCAUCUACGACAUCAUCGACCCAGCUGACCACCUAACCGUGCGCCAGCAGCUGACCCUGCCCUCUGCCCUGGAUGCCGAUCGCCUCUUCCGCUGCCGCUUCAACACCUCCAAGUCUCUCAGGCGCCAGAGCGCAGGCAACAAACUGGUGCUUAUCCGAGGCCGAUUCCACGCUCACCCGCCUGGAGCCUACUGGGCAGGAAACCCAGUGUUCACAGCCUUCUGUGCCCCACUGGAGCCCAGACCCCGUCUCGGCCCUGGCCCUGGCCCUGCCGCACUCUUCUUGGCCAUGUUCCAGAGCCGUCACGCUAAGGACCUGGCCUUGCUGGACAUCUCCGAGAGUGUCCAAAUCUACCUGGGCUUUGAGCGCAGCGAGCUGCUCUGUAAGUCAUGGUACGGACUGCUGCACCCGGAGGACCUGGGCCACGCCUCCUCUCAACACUACCACCUGUUGGCUGAGAGUGGAGACACUCAGGCAGAGAUGGUCGUGAGGCUGCAGGCCAAGCCUGGAGGCUGGGCAUGGAUUUAUUGCCUGUUAUACUCAGAAGGUCCCGAAGGCCCCAUCACGGCCAACAACUACCCAAUCAGUAACACGGAGGCCUGGAGUCUCCGCCAGCAGCUGAACUCGGAAGACACUCGGGCAGCCUACAUGCUGGGUACCCCAGCCGUGCUGCCCUCAUUCCCCGAGAACAUCCUCUCCCGGGAGCCGUGCUCCAGCCCUAACCCCCUCUUCACCCCAGCCUUGGGGGCUCCCAGAAGCACCCAUUUCCCCAGUGCCCCCGAGAUGGGUGCUGUCUCGACAUCGGAAGAGCUUCCCCGGCCUUCCAAAGAGCUGGGCUUCAGCUACCUGACAUUCCCGCCCGGCCGGGAGCCUUCUCUCCAAGCCGGUCUGAGCAAGGAUCUCGUGUGCACCCCGCCCUACACACCCCGCCAACCCGGAGGCUGCGCCUUCCUCUUCAGCCUCCACGAGCCCUUCCAGACCCACCUGCCCACUCCAUCCAGCUCUCUCCAAGAACAGCUGACUCCGAGCACCGUGACCUUCUCUGACCAACUAACACCCAGCAGCGCGACCUUCCCAGAUCCACUGACUAGUCCACUGCAAGGCCCGCUGACCGAAAUCUCGGCCAGAAGCUACGAAGAGCAGUUGGCGCCCUGCACCUCCGGCUUCCCAGAUCAGCUGCUCCCCAGCACCGCCACCUUCCCGGAGCCCCUGGGCAGCACUGCCCGUGAGCAGCUGACUCCUCCCAGCACCGCCUUCCAGGCACACCUGAGCAGCCCCAGCCAAACCUUCCCAGAGCAACCGAGCCCCAGUCCCACCAAGACUUACUUCGCCCAGGAGGGAUGCAGUUUUCUCUAUGAGAAGUUGCCUCCGAGUCCUAGCAGCCCUGGUAAUGGGGACUGCACGCUCCUGGCCUUAGCCCAGCUCCGGGGCCCCCUGUCUGUGGACGUCCCCCUGGUGCCCGAAGGCCUGCUUACGCCCGAGGCUUCCCCAGUCAAGCAGAGCUUCUUCCACUACUCCGAGAAGGAGCAGCACGAGAUUGACCGUCUCAUCCAGCAGAUCAGCCAGUUGGCUCAGGGCAUGGACAGGCCCUUCUCGGCCGAGGCUUGCACGGGUGGGCUAGAGCCACUCGGGGGGCUGGAGCCCCUGGACUCCAACCUGUCCCUGUCGGGGGCUGGCCCUCCCGUGCUCAGUCUGGACCUGAAACCCUGGAAAUGCCAGGAGCUGGACUUCCUGGUCGGCCCGGAUGACAUAUUCCUGGAAGAGACGCCCGUGGAGGACAUCUUCGUGGAUCUCUCCACCCCAGACCCCAAUGGGGAAUGGAAUUCAGAGGAUCCCGAGACAGCGGCCCCCGGAGGGGCCUUGUCACCUUGCAACAACCUGUCCCCAGAAGACCACAGCUUCCUGGAGGACCUGGCCACAUAUGAAACCGCCUUUGAGACAGGUGUCUCAGCAUUCCCCUACGAUGGGUUUACCGAUGAGUUGCAUCAACUCCAGAGCCGAGUUCAAGACAGCUUCCAUAAAGAUGGAAGUGGAGGGGAACCAACGUUUUGAAUAAGUCUGUGACUUAACGUCGUCGAGUAUGGCAUAUUGUCAUCAAGACGUGGAGCUGCUCUCCACCCCCCCGGGACUGUUGGGGGGACCCUAGGGGCCAGAGGGGGAUGUAUCUGAUUCCCUAGGCCCUGUGCAGGAUUGGGUGAGGGGAGGAGGGAGGGCGAGGGAGGGGAGCUUCUUUUUAAAACUUAGAGACUUCCAGCGAUCCCAGUUUCCAUUUCAAUCUGUAUUCACUCGUAGUGAGUUUCCUUGAAUGGGAUUUCAAGCGGAGAACGGGGGAGUCUCACUUCCCCCCGCGCUGCCCCAUGGGCCUGGGCCAGUUCUCCACUCCUGGGGGCCAAGCCGCCACACCCCCCGGGCCUUGGUGGGGGAAAGGCAGCGCCCAUCGGGGCCGGCCUGUGCCCUGCGGGGCUCUCGACACCCACGUAGAAUUCUCUACACACCAGUAACGGGAUUUCAAUUCCGAUGGACUCUGCCGCCCUGGCGGCCCUUCUUGUGACUUUUGCGCCCCACGCCUGGGGUGGGGGGCGUGAAGAGACGCUACGUUCCUUUCCGGUGGAGGAAGGCAGACCUGCCGCUGUCACACAUGUGCUUGCACGAGUGCGUGUACCUGGUGCGGGACUCACCCGGCUGCCAGACCACCUGGGCCUGCCCAGGAGGCCACCUCAUGGUGCUGUGGUGACUUUGUAGCCAACUUUAUAAUAAAGUCCAGUUUGCCUUUUUG